CAUGAACUCUGGUUGGUCUUUUGAGAAGGGCAAUGAUAGCGUUUAUAAUAACAGCAAAACAAGCCUUAAAUCGAACGAGAAGGUGUACAAGGAUUCCGGUAUCUUCCAGUCAGAAAGCGAGUCAAUUUCGGAACAGAGCAAACAUGAACACGGAUAUGGAAGCGAAAAUAAUAUCGGCAUUAACAAGAAAGACUUUGAUGAAAACAUAACAGAACCAGCUGAAAAUCCUAGAAAUAGCGAGAACUCGGAGGGAAUCAGUUGUUUAGUCCAAACUGAUGAGCCAUCCCUUGCUGACCAACUUGCAAAAGGCUACAUUUCUUCGCUUGAUAACGUACUCAGCGAUGAUGCAAACCAAACCUACAUGAAGUAUGUCAAUCAACAUGCCACUGAGGUUAGAAGACAUUCGGAAUUCGUGCGCAACAGUAGAGCAGUAGCAAUGCCUUCUAUUCGAAAACAUUCAUUAGACGCCAAGAAGGACCAGCAAAAUCAAAACAAAAAUGUAUUAACGUUCGGCAAUGCAAACGAUUUUAUCAAAAGCGAUAUGUAUAAUUGGAGCAUUCAGGGCAGAAAGAAAACUAACGAUGAAAGAAUGAAUAAGAGCUCCUAUACUGACCAACAAACCCAUCAGCAAAGGCUGAAUGUCACAAAUUACAGGGGAAAUCUACAAAAUGAUAGUGCAAAAGACGGGAAGAGAAAUUUAGAAGAUGUGUCUGACCAAAAUAAAGAGUGCGGAACAAUUGAUUACGAAAGUAGGCCUAAUUUUGCAAUGGAAAUUCUCAAAAGAAAGAAUCUAGAUUCCGAGUUGAGACGGGAAGUGCUGGCUAAAGAAGCAUCAGACAAUGCAGCAAAACCUCGAAAGCUUUCGAUUGGAGAGCUUGACAUGAAGCGAAAGAAAGCAAGCGACCAGGCCAAGAAUCUUCAUAAGCAAGUGAGAUCUGACAGAGACGGGAGGACAGAUGCAAUGAAAGAAUUGGCUGAGGCAGAAACAGAGGGUAAAAUGCUAUCUGCUUUGAGACAACAACAUAAAAACAGAUCAUAUCCAGACAGCCGUAAAACAGAUAAUGGAUUUUUAAGCAAGUGGCUUUCAGAUGAGGAAAAAUCGAAAUAUAUUGAUGGAAAACCAGGAUACAGACCAGGUGCCAUUGAAGCAAUAAAAUCAAACAUGCAGUCAGAUAGUGACUUAGAGACAGACUUUGAAGAUAUUUUCUUUGGAGCUGAUGACGGCAAUACAGGUGACGGGAAUUCAUCAGAUUUCCAACUGAUGGAUUAUCUCAAGCGUAUUCUAGAUGGACGGCAACGUCAAUCACUGGAAAGGAUGCCAUCACAAUGCAGCAGUUCACAUAUGUCACGCCAGGGAGAUGGUGACUACUUCCUUCAACGAGAGUCAACAAACACGCUCAAUCUUUCCAAAACUAAUGUGGACACCCCAAACCAUGUUUAUCUGGCAUCAAAUACUGGGCAUAGAGGGGAUUAUGAUGAGCAAACUUGCGAUGAUACUUUUGGAAAACAAAUAAACCAUGCGACCCAUGCACAUCAGUCGCCUAACCAAAAAAUACCAUCAUAGGCUGGUUUCAAGGAGAACUAAAAAAUUAAUUAUCAAAAUAAGGAACAUAGAUGCUUAAACUAGUAAAAAUAACAUAAACAGCUUUCUUGGUGAUUAAUUCUCUGUAAAUGAUUUCUAAAACAGUAAAGUAUUUAAAUUGAAAUUUAAAAUGGUGUUUCAUAUCUUGAAUUAGAGAAAUGGUGUUUAAAAUCUUGUCGUUUCCUAGCUGCGUAAGGGCAUUUGGUCGAGUGCUUAGAGCACAAGGUGGCAUCAGAGGAAAUGCCGAGAGGCCAUAAGACAUCUAAGUAAAUGCCUCUUUCUUAGGAGCACAAUCUCGGUCUAGCCUAAGAAAAACCGGGCACAUAAAAUGGAGAUUCAGUUGCAUUAGACAAAGUUGCCCCACUCUCUGCGAGAGUGUUGUCUGACAUCCCCUCUUCUUUCCUAAAAAGAGCUAGUGAGUUUAGAAUUGUUCAAACAUCUAUUCUCUUCAGCAACUUGGUAAGAGAAUGAGGCGAGCAUUUUGUAAUUCCAUGCCGACCUACCCAUAGUUUUGGUUGCAUUGUUUCGAAGUAUCAGGACAUUUAUUGAUAAUUCCAGGUUUUCAACGCACUAAAAUGAUACGUAGAAAACCAAUGAUAAAUUUUGAAGGAGGAUUGAUAGUUUAGGCAAAAAACUUACACUGUCUCUUCAGCAAUUUCGCUGAUUGAGUUGCAAGUAUCUUCCUUUUCAUCGAUGUAAGCGUUUUCGACAGUAUACCUGAAAACAGAU